AUUGGAUAAUGCAUCUUGACGUGUCAUUUCCAUGAUCAGAGUACUACAUACAUAUGCUCUGACUAGAGUCUCAAUGUAUAUACAUAAAUGACAAGUACUAGGCACCUCAUCCUCAUACUAGUAGGAACUUACUCUGCAAGUCUUGGAAGGAUACACCAGAAAAAUACCAGUACUGCAAACGAACCAUCGGGAUCCGGAUGUGACCAAUGAUAUUCUGAAGCAAAAUACACUCCGGUAUUCGAAUCAAUCUUCCUCGUGUCGCCGCUGUGUCUUCAUAGGAGUCUAUGGAGUGUGCGAAAGGAUCACUAGGAAAGUGAAGCCAGGAGCAUAGCCUUCAACGCGAACAAGCGAUAGAAGGCAGUGUCACUGAAUGACGUGGUUGCACUCAAGAGCACAAUAUAUAUUUAUAGGCAAAGCUAGGGGAGGGUUGAUUGACUGCUUACUACAAGUGCAAAAACUAUUACCACUGGGUUAUCCACAAUCUUCAUUGAUAGGCCGAAAAGGUGAUUAGAUCGCUACUUAUCCACAUUCACUGCCUUCAGAUACCUCAUACGCGAUGGAUUCUUCAGAAGAGGUGAAUCUUUUUCGUGGCUGGCCCAACCCCGCCUUGCUACCCAUGAACGCCUUAGCUGAGGCCUCCGCCACAGUCAUGGCUUCACCGACCAUCCGAGUCCCGGCCCUAUCAUACGGUCCUGACGAGGGUUACCAACCGCUGCGAGAGCAUCUUGCCCAAUGGUUGACGGAUUUCUACCAACCCCACAAUCCUAUCUCUUCCGAGCGUAUCUGUAUAACGGGCGGUGCCAGCCAAAACCUUGCUUGCAUAUUGCAAGUCUUUACAGAUCCCUCCUACACCAGAAAUGUCUGGAUGGUAGCCCCCACCUAUUUCCUAGCAUGUCGGAUAAUGGACGAUGCUGGUUUUGCGGGCCGUUUAAGAGCGGUUCCCCAUGAUGAGUCAGGUCUGGAUCUUACAUUCCUUCGUCAGGAGUUGGUGAAGGCCGAGGAGAAGGCUCAAGCUGAGGGGCGUCUUGAACCGAAAUACAAACUACCGAGGCCAUGGACUAAAAUCUACAAACAUGUUAUCUACGCCACGCCCACGUUUUCCAACCCGUCGACAUUGACAAUGUCUCUGUUUGAUCGGGAGGGGCUGGUCCGCCUUGCGCGGGAAUUUGAUGCCCUAAUCAUCACAGAUGACGUCUAUGAUUUUCUUCAGUGGUCACCAGAUCCGCAGAAUCCCCUAGCCCAGCCUGAUAGGGCUCAGGUUCCCCGCGUUGUGGAUGUAGAUCGCUAUUUGGAUGGCGGUCCGAAGGAUGAGUGGGGUAAUGCAGUAAGUAAUGGAAGCUUUAGCAAACUAAUUGGACCUGGGGCAAGAACUGGAUGGGCAGAGGCAACCAAAAAAGUUGCCUAUGGACUGUCGCAAACAGGCUCCUCACGGUCAGGAGGCGCGCCAUCCCAGUUUUCGGCGGCUAUCAUCGCUCAACUCUUCCCCACGGGGGCUUUCCAGCGUUACGUGGACCUGGUCUUGAGACCGAAAUACGCUGAGAGGUACUAUCGCCUGAUGUCCGCCGUCCGUGAGCACCUUCUACCCCUUGGUGUAACGCUUCCCUCCACGUCGACAGAGGCUGUGGGGGGGUACUUUGUCUGGAUCCAACUGCCCCCACCGUUGCAUGCGGAUGAACUUGCGACCAUAGCACGUCAAGAGCAUAGGGUACAUGUUAUUGCUGGUAAUCUCUUCCGUGUCCAAGGAGACCCAAACACCAGCAAGAAUGAUUUUGACCGAGGCAUACGUCUCUGCUUCGCCUGGGAGGAUGAGGAGAAAUUAGCGGAAGGGGUGCGUCGACUUGCCUGCACUAUACACUCUGCACUGAAAUAAGCUCUACAUCAUACGACCAGGAAGUGUCGCGUGGGAUAGAUUCUCUUGAGAUCGCACGGUCGCGGCAACCAAGGGUGGGCGGCGGAUCGAUCCGCUCCGGCCCUUGGGCAGUCACCGUUUGGGUAUGCGAUGUGGUUUGUGUAGCGAUCAUUGGUGCCAAGAAGGCCGCUUGUGCCAAUUAGAAAGUGAAGAAGAUAGGUUACUUAGGAACACCCCAGGCGUCAGGCAUCAAAUGACCUUUGGGCUGUGAUGCAAUUCUGCUCCCAGGGUGACACUGCGGGGUGCAGCGAAAUAAACGAAUUGACGAUGCGGGUGACCGGUGCAGGUGCAACUGGAUUUACAAUAGAUAUGUAAGGUAUCCAUUGGUAAGCGACAAGUAGAGUGGAAGUUCAAGGGGUCGAAAACACUCAUUCUUCGACCCCCGUUUAGGGGUUUACCACAUUCUUGAAGCCAAGAAUUUACUUGGAAAUCCGAUCAUGGGUUUUGGAUCCUCC